AUGAACGCUUUAAACAACACUUACGACGAUUUCCUAGUUAACACAUGCCGUUUUACGUAUACUGACACGUUUUUAGUUUUCAGAAAGUCCAUUGAACUGUUUAGUAUGAAAUUUACGUCGAGCGAAAUUAUACGGAGUGGCAACGCCGUAGAGACGAUCGUGUUGCGCGGCGCGACCGCCAGGCGGCGCGGCCGUCGGGGGGAGGGGCCGAGCGAGACGGAAGCGAGUGGGACAGAAGACACACAAGACGCCACGUCAAACAUGGCAUCGAAUAAUCCUGGUGGUAACAAUCCUAUUGCUGGAGCCCUGACGUUUCCCAGCAGGAGUGAGGAUGUUCAGCGUAUGGCAGAGCAGCCUCGGCAGCCGCGGAAUUUACAGGGUCUCCUUAGGUUUGCUAUGGAAGCAACCAAGGCUGAAGAUGCUCCGGGGAAUUCAGAGCUAGGUCCUAUGGAUGAAGAGCGCAAGCGUUUCCUAGAAGAAGCCCUCAAAAGCCUCACAGUAGACGUAGCCAAGGUGCUACAAGACGCCAUAGCUGUUCUGACAGAUACGGAGAAGAUGCACAGUGUUCAGCUUGGGCAGUCACUGCCGGAUGAGAUCAGCCAGGCCUUCACGAGCAUCAUGGACUUUAUUGAUGACAUUGACACAGCCAAUGAUUUUUACAAACUUGGAGGCUUUUCCAUCUUCCCCGUAUGCUACGGCAGUGAAAACGAAGAGAUCCGCGCCCGAGCCAGCGGCAUACUUGCAGAACUAUGCCAGAACAAUCCCUUCUGCCAAUCUCGGGCUUUGGAGAGUGGCCUGCUCAAUGUGUUAUUGGCAUUAGCGAGGACAGAGCGGGGAGAAGCGUUGGCCAAGUGUGUGGCUGCUGUCUCAUGUGCGUGCCGCGAAUAUCCACCCUCCUGCAAAGAACUGCUGGCCCAAGGAGGCUGCGAGACCCUAGUGACAGUCUGUGGAGCCACAGACGUUCGUGCCAGAACGAAAGCAGCGCUGCUGGCGAGGCAUCUUUGCGACCAUUACCCUGAUGCCAGAGAGAAAUUCAUCCAGUUGAACCUAGUAAAGACACUAGCGGAGCAGCUGUCUGCCGGGAGAGAUGCAUCAUCAGAACACUUGCUGAACACAUUGUUGACACUCGUCGCGGACUUGGACGACAGAGUGCUGGGACAAUGCAGGGACCCCGCCGCGGGACUUAAAGGUAUCCUAGAAAGGCAUCUCAAACACCCGGACCUAAAAGAUGACACGUUCAGAGAAGAAGUAGACUACUGUCAAGAGAUCCUCUGUAAAGUGUUCCUCAACAGACCGGACGUGGUACCAGCUGAUGAGGAAGCGGACAGAUAACUUAUCAAGUUUUAAUUGUUGUUAUUUCAAAUCGAUCGAGGGCCAAUUUUUAUUUUGUUGUCGAUUUUACUGUUUUUCCUUAUUGGAUUUUUUUUGUACUUUUUUUACUCAGAAUCGUGAUCUCUUUCGAUCCUGAUAUGAGACAAAAAAUGUCCAAAAUUGUUCAUACAAUUUUUCAUAUUACCCUGUGUUAUAAAAGUUCUAUGGCAAAUUGUAGAUAACUCAGUGAAAAAAAAAUGUAAGACAUUUUUUCCGCCAAUUUUUUUUCUGCAGAAUUGAAAGAGCUCAUGAUUCUGAGAUUUUUUUUAUUAAUUUAUUAUAAAUGGACAAUUUACUUUUGGCCACAAACUAGCCAAAGGCAAAGACGAAGCCUACGAUGGAGUGAGCUAAGAUCUCAGGGUAGAAAAAGUAUAAACAUUCCCACAUUUGAAAAAAGAAGUAAAACAGAACAAAAUAAAAAUUCGCACUCAAAACGACAGUAAUGCAAAUAUUUUCUUCUAAGAGCAUUUAUUGUGCGUUUUUAAAGGCGGGCAUGAAAGAUAUGCCCUUUCAACAAGUUUUUGUAAAAGAGAAUACCCAUUGUGCUUAACUUAUUUGUAUGUAUGAGAGAAUGGAAUUUUAAGAUCGAAUAUA